GUCCCCCACGUGCUUUGACAAGACAGAUCAUGGACCCACUAAAGGGACUCGAGGAUUCAUCCACGGAUGACGACGCUGCAUCACAAACCACUGAAGAUGACCCUCAGGUGCCAGAAGGGCACGAACCUCCUCCGCCUCCGCCUCCUCCAGCGCAUGCCGUAAGAAAUGGUCGCGGACGGCCACAUUACGAGCUCCGUCAUACAAUGCGCGGCCAUACAUCGUCAAUUUCUGCAGUUAAAUUUAGCCCGGAUGGAGAAUUCCUUGCAUCAUGCGCCAAUGAUCGCAUGGUCAAGAUCUGGUCGCCCUUCACCGGAGAGCUAAUACGAAAUUUGACCGGUCACACAAAAGGUCUCUCUGAUAUUGCUUGGUCUCCAAAUAGUGACUACCUGGCAUCCGCUUCCGAUGAUACUACCAUCCGAAUAUGGGAUGUCGAAUCCGGCAUCUCGACUAGAACCCUAAAGGGACAUACCAGCUAUGUGUUCUGUGUCAACUACAAUAGCUCUUCUACUCUACUAGUUUCCGGUGGCUGUGAAGGUGACGUGCGGAUAUGGACCACAUCAAAAGGAAAAUGCAUCAAAACUAUUCAUGCGCAUCUGGACUACGUCACCGCUGUGCAUUUCAACCGAGAUGCAAGUCUGAUUGUUUCCUGCUCCCUUGACGGACUCAUUCGAAUAUGGAACACUACCUCUGGGCAGUGUCUGAAGACGCUCGCUGAGGGACAUGACGCUAUAUGCCAACAUGUCCAGUUCUCACCCAAUUCAAAGUAUAUCCUCUCCACGGCGCAUGACAGCGCGAUUCGUUUAUGGGAUUAUCAAACGUCCAGAUGCCUCAAAACCUAUGUCGGGCAUACGAACCAAAAGUACUGCAUCGCUGCCUGCUUCAGCGUCACGGGCGGCAAGUGGAUCGUCUCAGGCAGCGAAGAUAAUAAAGUGUACCUCUGGGAUCUGCAGAGUCGGGAGAUUGUGCAGGUACUUGAGGGACAUUCUGACGUCGUGGUUGCUGUUGCGACCCAUCCUCAACAUAACAUGAUCGCAUCCGGCUCCAUGGAUUCAGACCUUACGAUUCGUAUAUGGGUGGACCGCGGGCGCCAAUAGAUGACAUACGCCGUUUCCACCCAUUCUUAGUGUAAUUUAUCUGUAUCUGUCGCAUUGACGUAUCAAUCUGGAUUUGGAAUAGUGUAACGUUCGCUGGGCGAUGUAUGCCGAGUGGAAUUGAUCUGUACACCG